AUGGCGUCAUCUUUGUUCAGAUGGCCGUUCAGCAUGUUCAACGAGGGCGUUGAGCAUGACAGUGAUGGGUUGCAGCACCUCCGGGAUGCCUUGGAGAAAGCCGAGAGGCAAGUGUCAUCAUCGACGAGCGACAGUGAGGAGGAGCGGGAACGCAAGGAGGAGAUUCUUGAUGGUUUUCGUGCCAAAUUAGAAGAGUUCGAAGUGGAGACGCAGAAGAAAGUCAAGAUCACGAUUUGCAGCGCCGUCAGUGGUGAGUCCAUCGCCCAAGUGCGGCUGAGACCUACAGAUUUCGUGGUGCAGCUCUGCGAAGCAGUUGUGAAGGAAACGAGCCACAAAGUCGUCGUGGCUCACUCGAUCAUUUUCCAGUCCGAGGUCUUGCCACAGCACAAAACCAUCAGCGAGGCCGGGCUGCAGGACGGUGAUACGGUGUAUGUGGCCAGAGCUCCGGUAAGAUGCCUGACAGCAUCGCAUGAUGGCACUGCAUGCCUUUGGAACUUCAAUCAAGAAACGAGCAACUCAACGCAGCCUGAUGCCGGCCAGCCCCUUCGCUUACACGCGAAAGGAGCCUUGAAAAAUGCCAGCAUGUCGCCUGGCGGCCAGUUGUUGAUGUUGUCCACAGAGGAUGGAGGAAGUGGACUCUUGUAUUGCGCUGAGACGUUGCGAUUCCUCACUCGGCUGCAGGGGGGUGCGCAAAGUGCCUCUUUUUCAGCAGAUGGGCAGAAGGUGGUAGGAGUCGAUGCAGACGGCAAUGCAAACAUUUGGGAUACUCGGACCGGUCAAGUCAUUCAUCGCAUGUUCCCUCCCAAGUCAUCUUCACAGUUGGACUCGGACUCUGACGAUGACUGUGAGAUGACUUUCGCAGUUUUCUCAGCUUGUGGCAAGCUUGUUGCAACAGGUGCUGGCUCGUGCACGCAGCUUUGGGAUGCAUUUGGCAACCUCAAACAUACUCUGCAUGGCCAUAGCGGCACUGUCAGGCAUGCCGUGUUCUCAGCUGACAGCCAGUACCUGCUGACUGCAUCCGCAGAUUCAACAGCAAGAGUUUGGGAUUGCAGCAACGGCAGAUGCCUGCGGGUUCUGAGUGGCCAUCAGCGUGCACUGACUUUGUGUGCCUUUUCUCCAACAGGCAUGCAAGCCAUCACCGCAGCACACGAUGGUACCCUCAAGUUGUGGGACCUUGCAGAUGAGAUCGCAGAUGGGUCGCAUGCAGAGUGCUCGCUGACUCUCGAAGCCGAUGGUGGUGUUGUCAGCUCAGCUUGUUUUUCACCAGAAGGUUCACGGCUUCUUAUGGCAUGCGGAUCUGAUACAGUCCGUCUGUUCAAUGUCACCACGGGUCAGCUGCAGCUUUCCUUCGAUGGCUUCCAUGAUGAUUGGGUCCGACAUGCGAGUUUCUCCCCCGAUGGUCUAAUUAUUGCCACCACAUCUUAUGAUGGAGCUGUCGGCAUUUGGAGUGCAACCACUGGAAAGUGCUUGCAUUCUCUGCAUGGACAUACGCAGGCGGUGGUGGUUGCACAAUUGGCGGCUGCAUAG